GGCUGUCCCGGAUCGCGGCGGCGGCGGCGGCGGCGGCGGCGGCAGCGGCGGCGGCGGCUCAGGGACCCGCAGCCCCGGACACAGCGGCCCGGCCCGGCGGGGCGGAGCGGCGCGGGGAGGGCGGAGAGCCGGGGCGGGGGCGGGGAGGGGCCGCGGCCCAGAUGGCGGCCCGGGGCGCGUAGCAGCGGCGGCUCUGCGGCCCGGGGCCCCGGGCGGGCGGAGGUGGCGGCUCCCGGGACCGGCCGCGCGCAAUGAUGUUGUCCACUGGACAAGUUCGGACCCAGGAGGCAGGUCUGAGAACGUAGCUGACGCUGGAGACAGGAAGCUGGGCGAGGAAGAGCCUGGAGUCUUGAGUGGGACAGUGACUCUAAGAUGUCCUUGAGCGGUGCAGCCUGCGGAGGGAAAGGAGUGGACGCACACGCAGUCGAGACGUAUGACAGCGGGGAUGAGUGGGACAUUGGCGUAGGGAAUCUCAUCAUCGACCUGGACGCCGAUCUGGAAAAGGACCAGCAGAAACUGGAAAUGUCAGGCUCCAAGGAGGUGGGAAUACCAGCUCCCAAUGCUGUGGCCACACUACCAGACAACAUCAAGUUUGUCACCCCAGUGCCAGGUCCUCAAGGGAAGGAAGGCAAAUCAAAAUCCAAAAGGAGUAAGAGUGGCAAAGACACUAGCAAGCCCAGUCCAGGGGCGUCCUUGUUCUCUCCAAGUGAGGGGGCAGCAAACAAGAAAGAGGUGCAGGGCCGCUCGGGAGAAGGUGCCAACGCAGGAGGCCUGGUUGCUGCUGCUGUUCCCAAGGGCUCGGAGAAAGCUGCUAAGGCGUCGCGCGGUGUAGCAGGCUCCAAAAAGGAGAAGGAGAACAGCUCAUCUAAGGGCAAGAAGGACAGAAGUGAAGGCGUGGGGACGUGUUCGGAAAAGGAGCCUGGGGUCCUCCAGCCAGUUCCCUUGGGAGGACGGGGUAGUCAGUACGAUGGAAGUUCGGGGAUGGACCCAGGAACUGUGGAGCCACUUGGGAGCAUAGCUAUGGAACCUAGGGCAGCACUCAAUCCUUUGGGAACUAAGCCGGAACCAGAGGAAGGGGAGAAUGAGUGUCGGCCACUAAAGAAAGUCAAGUCUGAAAAGAUGGAGUCCCCGGUCUCCACCCCAGGGGUGCUGCCGCUGCACCUGUUAGUGCCGGUGGUCAGUAAUGACAUCUCCUCUCCCUGUGAGCAGAUCAUGGUCCGCACCCGAUCAGUUGGAGUCAACACAUGCGACGUGGCUCUAGCCACGGAGCCCGAAUGCUUAGGCCCCUGUGAGCCUGGAACCAGCGUCAACCUCGAAGGCAUCGUGUGGCAGGAAACAGAAGACGGGAUGUUGGUGGUAAAUGUGACAUGGAGAAACAAAACAUAUGUAGGUACACUUCUUGACUGCACAAGGCAUGACUGGGCACCACCAAGGUUCUGUGACUCUCCUACCAGUGACUUGGAGAUGCGUAACGGUCGAGGAAGAGGCAAACGCAUGCGUCCUAACAGUAACACGCCUGUCAGUGAGACAGCCACAGCCUCUGACAGCAAAGGAACCAGCAGCAGCAGCAAGACCCGAGCAGGAGCCAAUAGCAAAGGCCGUCGGGGUAGCCAGAACUCCUCAGAGCACCGUCCUCCUGCCAGCAGCACCUCUGAGGAUGUCAAAGCCAGCCCUUCCUCAGCCAAUAAGCGGAAAAACAAACCCCUUUCAGACAUGGAGCUGAAUUCUAGCUCAGAGGACUCCAAAGGGAGCAAGCGUGUCCGUACAAAUUCCAUGGGCUCAGCCACUGGGCCCCUGCUUGGGACCAAGGUAGAACCCACUAUUGUGGACAGAAAUUGUCCCUCCCCGGUCCUGAUAGACUGUCCCCACCCAAACUGCAACAAAAAGUACAAGCACAUUAAUGGACUUAAGUACCACCAAGCCCAUGCCCACACAGAUGAUGACAGCAAACCAGAAGCUGACGGAGACAGUGAAUAUGGAGAGGAGCCCGCCCUCCAUGCUGACCUCAGCAGCUGCAACGGUGCACCUGUCUCACAAAAAGGAUCCUUGUCCCCUGCCCGCUCAGCUACCCCCAAAGUUCGGCUUGUUGAGCCUCACAGCCCUUCCCCUUCAAGCAAAUUCAGCACAAAAGGCCUCUGUAAGAAAAAAUUGAGUGCAGAGGGAGACACAGACCCUGGAGCCUUAUCCAAUGACGGCUCUGACGAUGGACCCUUGGUAAUGGAUGAGACAAGCAACGAUGCCUUCGACGCUUUGGAAAGGAAGUGUAUGGAAAAAGAAAAAUGUAAAAAGACCUCCAGUUUGAAACCUGAAAAGAUUCCACCCAAGAGCUUAAAAUCAGCCCGUCCCAUUGCCCCCGCCAUUCCCCCACAACAGAUCUACACUUUCCAGACAGCCACCUUCACAGCAGCAAGCCCAGGGUCCUCCUCAGGCUUGACCACCACUGUGGUCCAAGCAAUGCCCAACAGCCCCCAACUCAAGCCCAUUCAGCCCAAGCCCACUGUUAUGGGAGAGCCUUUCACAGUCAACCCUGCCCUGACCCCUGCCAAGGACAAGAAAAAGAAAGACAAAAAAAAGAAGGACUCAUCAAAGGAACUUGAAAGUCCUCUGACCCCUGGGAAGGUAUGCCGAGCAGAAGAAGGUAAGAGCCCGUUCAGAGAAUCAACAGGAGAUGGAAUAAAAAUGGAGGGCCUUCUGAAUGGCUCCUCAGAGUCCCAUCAGAGCCGGUUAGCUAGUAUCAAGGCUGAAGCUGAUAAGGUUUACAGUUUCACUGACAACGCCCCCAGCCCUUCGAUUGGAGGCAGCAGCCGCCUAGAUAGUGCUACCCCAACCCAACCCCUAACUCCCCUACAUGUAGUGACCCAGAAUGGAGCUGAAGCCAGCUCUGUCAAAACCAAUAGCCCUGCCUACUCUGACAUCUCUGACGCUGGGGAGGAUGGGGAGGGCAAGGUGGACAGUGCCAAGUCCAAGGACCCUGAGCAGCUGGCUAAAGAAGGAGCUAAGAAAACACUUUUCCCCCCUCAGCCACAGAGCAAAGACUCACCAUAUUAUCAAGGCUUUGAAAGUUACUACUCUCCAGGUUACGCACAGUCCAGCCCAGGGGCUCUCGCCUCGAGCAGCCAGGCUGGAAUGGAGGGCCAGGCUGUAAAGACAAAGAAGGAUGAGGAGCCUGAGAGCAUAGACGGGAAAGUGAAAAGUGACGUCUGUGAGGAAAAGAAACCCGAGCUGAGCAGUUCCAGCCAGCAGCCGUCUGUCAUCCAGCAGCGGCCCAACAUGUACAUGCAAUCCCUGUACUACAACCAGUACGCCUACGUGCCUCCUUACGGCUACAGCGACCAGAGCUACCACACCCACCUCUUGAGCACCAACACCGCCUAUCGGCAGCAGUAUGAAGAACAGCAGAAGCGGGGACUGGACAAGAAGGCGGAGAUGGGCCUGAAAGAGCGGGAGGCAUCACUCAAGGAAGAGUGGAAGCAAAAGCCGUCCAUUCCACCGAUUCUCACCAAGGCUCCCAGCCUGACAGACCUGGUGAAGUCAGGACCAGGCAAGGCCAAGGAGCCAGGGACUGACCCUGCCAAGUCUGUCAUCACUCCCAAAUUAGAUGACUCAUCAAAACUCCCCGGCCAGCCCCCUGAAGGCCUUAAAGGGAAGCUGGGUGAGGCCGGCCACCUAGGCAAGGAGGCGUCUGAGGCUAAGACAGGCACUGAGUGUGGCCGACAGGCAGAGGUGGAUCCAACACUCUGGUACCGACAGGAGACAGAGCCCCGGAUGUGGACAUAUGUUUAUCCUGCCAAGUACUCAGACAUCAAGUCGGAGGAUGAUCGGUGGAAAGAGGAGCGGGACCGAAAACUAAAGGAAGACAGGGGCCGGAGUAAGGACUCUGUUCCCAAGGAGGACGGGAAGGAGAGCACAGGCAGUGACUGCAAGCUGCCCCCGUCUGAGGAGCCCCGCCUCGGGAGCAAGGAGCCCCGCCCAAGUGUCCACGUGCCCGUGUCCUCCCCGAUCACCCAGCACCAGUCCUACAUCCCCUACAUGCAUGGCUAUUCGUACAGCCAGUCAUAUGACCCCAGCCACCCCAGCUACCGUGGGAUGCCUGCAGUGAUGAUGCAGAACUACCCAGGUUCCUAUUUGCCUUCCAGCUAUUCUUUCUCCCCGUAUGGCAGCAAGGUCUCAGGUGGCGAGGAUGCUGACAAGGCACGUGCCAGCCCCAGUGUAAGCUGUAAAGCCAGCUCAGAGUCCAAAGCCCUGGACAUCUUGCAGCAACAUGCCAGUCACUACAAGAGCAAGUCUCCAACGAUAAGUGAUAAAAAUUCUCAGGAGAGAGAUCGGGGAGGCUGUGGGGUGGCUGGGGGUGGCAGCAGCUGUGCCAGCGUUGGGGGAGCAGGAGGUGCUGACAGGAGUGCCGACCGGCCACGCACAUCCCCUUCCCAGCGCCUGAUGUCCACGCACCACCACCACCACCUGGGCUACUCCUUGCUCCCCGCGCAGUACAGCCUACCGUACGCCGCAGGGCUUUCUUCUACAGCCAUUGUUGCCAGCCAGCAAGGCUCAACUCCCUCACUCUACCCACCCCCCCGGAGGUGAGAAUGAACACCAAGUGCCCAGAUGAAGUCAGCUUCGUGGGCCAGACUGGCUCAUUCGAGGUGAUGCUGGAGGUGCCAUUUUACCGUCAGUCACGGUGUAGAUCGUCCUGUUUGCCGUUCCUACCGCGACUGAAGGCAGACCCUGGGCUGUCUCACCUCCACUAGACCCUCCGACCCCCUGACCCUCCCUCUUCCUCAGGAGCUGGAAAACUGGUACUUGGCAAAAAUAUUUAUUCUCUCAGCCACAGUUCUGUUGUGGCUUUUAAGGAGAUGAAGGCAUAGGAGCUGACAGCACAGCCUCAUCCCAGAGAAAUCACUGCUCUGUUACCUUAAGCCCCUGGUCGACUGCCAGAGCAGCACCACACACACCUGGGAGGGACCCCACUCGUGGGGUCAGGUCUGAGGACAGCACAGCAGCCUCACCCUCACUGCCAUCAGAUUACACAUCUCCUCAGUGGUUUGGGCCCUGGGAACUGGCAGCAGAAAUUAGAAUCUCAGGAAAGAAGUAGGGAGCUGUUUCCUCUGUAAUUGCGAAGACAAGGCCUUCAAGUGUGGAGACACCCCCUCUGAUAGGAGCACAGAUAAAUGCUCAGAGCCUAACCUGUAAAGGGGAGAGUAAGGCGCUUACCCCACCAGAGUCUUGUGCUCCAGUUAGUCGGAAGACAGGGGUUCUAGCACCAGCACAGGGCUCCCGGGGGACGCUGGGAGGAGCUGGGGCAUGAAUGGAGUCUGUGAAACUGAAUCUGCUUCCUCACCAAAAUUCCUGCUGCUUUGCAUCUCCCAACUCCUUGCCCCUCUCUCUUUCUUUUUUAACCCCUUGGUGCCUUCCCCAGGGGGAGUCCCCAUGCUGACCUCACCUCUUCUGCUACUUGGCUCCUACCCUGGAGUCUGCCACAUCAGUUUAGAGCAGCAGCCAGAAGGCAGGCUGUUCUUGGAGACAUUCAGUUAUCCGAGCACCCUUCUCAUUUAGGGUCACAAAUCUAUACAUCCGGCUCCUCUGUCUACAGGUACAUGAUUUUACAGCUCACUCUGUAACUCCAUAUGUGCCAAUUUGAAGUGUGUCUUUGUAACACACAUUUUUGUUUUAGGGGCCACGGGCCAAGGAGGUGAUUUGCUCCUUAGACCCUAAAACAGGAUAUCCAAGCAUUGCAUGCCCAAGUCAGAGUGGACUCUGGAUAAGGCUUUGAGGUGUCAGGCAUUUCUCUGUUCUCCUGAGCUACAAAAUCCUGUUAGCGGAAAGUGAUGGAGUCACUUCUCCCCAGCAUGUGGAAUGUUUUUAGUUCUCUGCCAUUGCAGGGCAUCAUCCCUUUGUAACCCUCUGCUCCUGGCUUUGCUCUUUGGACUGCGAGAGAGAGAGAGAGAAAGAUGCACAGAUACCAGCCUCGGCUAAUGGGGAGCUGGUAAAAAGCAUGUCAAAACUGGUAGUUUGAGAGCAGGAAGGCAGGUAGCUCUAACUUCUUUGGGAAAGUGGGGUGGCGGGAGUCAGUAAGCACAAACCCAAGAGAAGCUAGCUCUCAAGAACCAGUGAGCCAUCCCUGUAUAUAAUCAGGCUUAGCACCUCCGACCUCCAAACCUUUCCCGUUUCCAGGUCCUUGUUUUUGUUCCAGUUGGGUUCUGAGCGCUUGGAAAAAUCCUGUUUCAGGACUCCAGACAGCCUCACCGCCAUCGUCCCCUGCCACAUGCUGCCCCAGUAAGCAGUUGUCUGGGCAGUGACCCCCUUUCAUUCACAGAGGUAGAUGUUGAGACACCAUCCUGCCUAAUUAUGCUCCCCCACCUCCUCCUUCCAAGACUCCAGUGAGCCAUGCUCUCAUCUGUUCCUGGUUUUGUAUGUAUCUGUGGCACUGGCUUACAGUGUGUUUUGUACAUAUUGUUUUAAAAAAAAAAAAAUCGGAGCAAUUUAGUUUUUCAUUGGGUAGGCAUGGUCCACAUUCCUGCCCUUUCCAUUUCAUUUUAUAACAGAGGUGUGUCCGUAUUUGCAAGACAGCCUUAAGAUUCUGCAGAAGGAACAGCUUUCUCUCUCUCUCUCUCCCCUUCCCUCCCUCCCUUUGUCUGUCUCUCUCACCUCUUCCCCUGAGAAAAAGUCACCUCUGUUCCGUCUACUCAAGUGCCCCUUGAAGAACAGGCGCUGCUCUGAAAUGAGAUUAGCAGUAGAAAAACGACACUGUAUGUUCUCAGCCUGAUCCUCCUGGCCCCUAGUCCGAGUCCAGUCUUCCCUCUCUGAAAGACUUUCACACAGCUGCAGCCGGCCACCCCCACGCUCCACAGUGGGAAUGCCCUGUGGCACCUAGUCAGAAAGACAGGAUCUGGUGCAGACCACCAAACCGAGCCUUUCACUCAGCCACCCUGCCCCAUGCUCUCUCGUGUGGAAGAGAAGCUACAGGAAGUGGGGCCUCACCCUGAGGAAGGGCAGCUACCGAUUAACAGCUGCUGCUUAGGACUCGCACCUGCUUCCUCAUUUAUGGUGUGCCAGCUCCCUUCAGCUCUUCUCCGUCUUGUGCUUGUAUGUGUAUCUCCACUUAGCCUUCACUCUCCACACAUCUCAAGGUCAAAGAAACACACAGAAGGGUAAGAGGGUACCCUCCGAAAUGGUCAUUUCAUGUUCCUCCUCUCCAGGCUCCAGGGUGGGGUUGGGGGGACUUAAAGUUGAUGGGAGUUGAGACUGCAGAAGGGCUAGAGAAUUGGGUGUAGGUUUGAGGCCUCAUCACUUACCCUGUCUGUACUCUGAUGCCCCCGAGAUUCAGCUGGGCAGCUAGCUGGCCCAUAACUCUGGGCCUUUGUCAUUUAUUACUAGGACAUCCCAGGAAACUUUCCAGUGAUUCCCUGCCAUGGGCCCCUCCCAGGCCUUGUCCCCAGCCCCUCCUGCCCCAGCCCACCCGCUUGCCUUGGUGCUCAGCCCUCCCCCUGGGAGUAGGUUGGGGCAGGCUGGAGGCCCGGGCUGGAGGGACAGUGUUGCUGUCAUAGCUUUUGUUCCAUUGACGUUGCUCUGUUGGAUUUAAUUUCAGUCCCGAUUCUUCCUGUCUGUAAAGUGUACAUUACCAAGUUCCUUGUUUUUUAUAUACAUAUAUAUAUAUAAAUAUAUAUAUAUAUAUAUAUAUAUACAAACUGUACUCUUUUUGCCUUUGUACAUUCAGGCAAGAAGAGAAAAUAAAUCUUUUUAAGAGACAAUCACAAAUCUGUGAGGGCUGCUGGUUAUUUCUCCUGGAGUUUGCUGCUGAGCUGCUGCCUCCUCCCCUCAGCCUCCCUGUCUUUCUCUAGCCCGGCUCUGUGGGCAUCCUCAGCUUCACCUUUCCUGGCUGACAGCAAGCUGCUGAACCCAGUGUGCCAACGCCUGCCCUGUAGCUUCUUCCUGCCCAGCUUGGCCACUGGCUGCUCCUGUGUCCUUCCUGGCCUCCAUUUUUAACCCUUAAAUCUCAUUCACCAAAGUGGCUUUGGACCCCUGGUGCCCUGGGACCCGCCUCCCUGAGGGCCUGGCUUUGAACACUUAUUCAUCUAUGAAACUAUGCACCUGGGAGCUCUCUGCCUGAGACUUUGCACUACUUAAACCUGCCUGGGUGUUAGAAUGAAAGGUUUUUAGGAACAAGUGGGAAAUUACCCACCACCCACCC